CAUCUAAGGGUAUAAAAUAUACCGAAAAAAGUAUCAGCGACACAAGUUGUCUUUCUUAGAUAUCAUCAUGAACACCGACCAAAUCUAUGAUGUAGUAAUAAUAGGAGGUGGAGUGGUCGGAUGUGCCACACUUUUUCAUUUAACAAACAAUGGAUACAACUGUCUUAUGUUAGAGAAGAACAAACAUCUUGUAGCAGAAGCAAGUGCUGGAAACAGUGGAAUGCUUCAUACAGGUUUCGACGCACCUCUUGGAAGUUUAGAACUGCAUUGCAUUCAACAAUGUCAAGUCCAUAUCUUUGAUAUACUCAACAAGCUAGAUCUACCAUACAAUCGCAUUGGGGCUACAAUGGUAGCGUGGGAUUCAGCUCAGAUGUCGAAACUACCAAUUAUUACACAACAUUCAAACAUAGCUAACGUUUCCGAAAUUAAUCAACUCAGUUUAUCGCAACUUUACCAGAGAGAACCAAAUUUGUCGCGAAAUGCUACUGGUGCAAUACAUAUUCCGGGAGAAACUAUAGUGGACCCUUGGUUAACUCCUAUUGUAAUGGCUGAGCAUGCGCGUAUACGAGGUGCACAGAUAUGUAUAAAUACAAUGGUCAACAAUGUUGAAUUUAAUGAUAGUAAUAGGACAUGGAAUGUUUUUACGAACAAAGGAAACGUAGGAAGCAAAUUAGUUAUAAAUUGUUCCGGUCUGUAUGGCGAUAUUAUUGAAAAGAUUGCCGGAUAUUCAUCUUUCAAAAUCAAACCACGAAAAGGACAAUAUUUGAUAUUUAACAAAACUGCUAAAGAUGUCAUAUCUUCAAGCAUACUUCCUGUUCCCACAGAAAUAACCAAAGGAGUAAUAGUAUUUAAAUCUGUAUAUGACAAUGUAAUUAUUGGACCAACUGCCGAGGAAACUGAAGAUCGCCAUGCUUCCCCUACGAUUAAUUCGGGCAUAACCACAAGACUAUGGAAUCAUGGGAAGAAAACCGUGCCCUCGUUGUCGAAGCAUGAUAUUGUUCAUAUGUACACGGGAGUACGACCAGCCACUGAAAACAAAGACUACCAAAUUAUUGCAAGACCGGAUAGAAACUGGUUGACAGUUGGUGGUAUCCGAUCAACAGGAUUAAGUGGAUGUAUUGGUAUCGCAGAUCAUGUUUUAGCUCAGGUCAAAUAUAAAUUUGGAAUUGAGCCAUCAAAAUCCAGUUGGGAAACUAUUAAGAAAGUUAACUUUAAUUUUACCAAAAAUGGAACAGUAAUGUUUCCACAUGGAAUUGAACAUUUAAUAACACAUCCGCUUACGUUUACUGGAGUAACCAGAAAGACGAUUUCACAAUCAAACUUAUAGAUUGUUCUUGUCCUAUUUAGCUGGUAAAGUGUAUGACGUCAACUCCAUGUUUGCUACAUAAUUUUGUAUAAUAAAAAUAUUCUAUUUAAAUAUGAUGGUUGGAAUGUGA